AUAAUACAUUAUACGCAAAGCAGGCUCAGAAAGGAUGUGUCGUCAUGAAAGCGCGACUCAACCGGAUAUUCAAGUGUAGCGAAAAGAAAGUGGAAGAAACGCAACCACAAUGGACUCUCGGGGACUCCGCUCUCAGUUGAAAGACAGUGUACCUGUGGCAGGCUUAUGUCCACAGGGAGCUUAUGGGGUGCAGGACUCUCUCCGUAGCGGUUUUUCCAGUGUAAAGAACGAGCUCCUUCCAAGCCACCCGCUGGAACUUUCAGAAAAAAAUCACCUGCUGAACAAGGACAAGAUGAAUUUCUCUACACUCAGAAACAUCCAGGGUCUUCAUGCUCCUCUCAAGCUGCAGAUGGAGUACAGGGCAGCUAGACAGAUCCAGCGUCUGCCGUUCCUACAGAGCUCAAAUCUGGCUCUGGAUACGCUGCGAGGCAGUGACGACGCCAUCGGCUUUGACGACAUCCUGAACGAUCCAGCCCAGAGUGAAAUGAUGGGCGAGCCACACAUGAUGGUGGAAUACAAACUGGGACUGCUGUGAAAGAAGAUGGACAAGCACCAAAUACAGCUACACACACAGAUUUAGGAAUUUUAUUUGUCUGCAGAUUUGCUGAAAAUAGAAAUUGAAAUUGUAGAGUGAGACUUGUUUUGGGACAGAAGGGGGGGUUGAUGAUGGGGUGUGUUGUGGGGAGCCACUCUGUAAAUGACAGAUCAGUUCAGACAAGCAUUCAGUGCUGCUUUUGUAUGAUUCCAGUCCGGUUCAUAUUUCUAAUAAACUUCAUAACCUCCUUCGCGA